GUCUAGCACAAGACUUGUAAAAUUGAUUGUAGAAAUUAAAAAGUUAAAAAUACCUCAUGAAUCAAAACAACAAAAGAAACAGAAGAAUGAUUUAAAGCAAUAUAGUUGCAAAAAUAGUUCAGAACCUGAAGAAACAAAUAAGAUCUGUAAAUGA